AUGGUGGGCCUGUUGGCAGAGUGCACGUGUACAGGUGCCAAGCGGAUGGGGACAGGCGUCCCUGCCCACCCGGCCCCACCCCUGUCACUCCAUGCCAGUCUGCAGUGUGUGAAGGCAAAGAGUGGCAGUGGCAGCAUGGGAUGCCUGGCUUCUGCCCCACCUGGUCUGCUCCCGGCAGGGCUGGGCUUCAACAUCGUCGGUGGGACAGAUCAGCAGUAUGUCUCCAACGACAGUGGCAUCUACGUCAGCCGCAUCAAAGAGAAUGGGGCUGCGGCCCUGGAUGGGCGGCUCCAGGAGGGUGAUAAGAUCCUUUCGGUAAAUGGCCAAGACCUAAAGAACCUGCUGCACCAGGAUGCUGUAAACCUCUUUCGUAAUGCAGGCUACGCUGUAUCCCUGAGAGUACAGCACAGGUUACAGGUGCAAAAUGGGCCCCUAGGACAUCGAGGCGAAGGGGAGCCGAGCGGCAUUCCCAUGCCUGUGGUGCUGGUGCCCCUGUUUGCCCUCACCAUGGUGGCAGCCUGGGCCUUCAUGCGAUACCGGCAACAACUUUGAACAGCUCGCUUCCUUCCAGUGCUCCUGAUGAAGAGAACAUUUCUUCCUUUCUCUCCUCCUCCUCCCCUGCCAUUCUCCCGUCUCUUGCCCUCUCUCUGCAUAGCUCACACAUGAUUUAAAGAGACUGCUUCCCAACCAGAACCUGGCUCUUCAAAAUCUUCAAGUCCUCGUAUUCUGAUGGGAGAGUAGAGGCAUUGUUUGAAGGAAAGCUGAAGAAAGACUUGCUUAGGACAAAUGAGGAGUCAUAUGUUUUACUAGGACCGCCAAUAGAAUCAGCUACAACCAAAGAGGGAAAAGUCCAGUCUUCCCGUCACCAUGGUGAUACCUGUUUUCUUAGCUGGCUUGCCUCAAAGGCCAGCUGUGCGAUAUAAGAGGAAGAGAGGAUUUUUCUUUCUAAUGAUCUUCCUUGGGAAAUUUUUUGGCCUUUAUUUACUUUCUAAUGACAUACUUGGGUGCCUAUAUCAAACAAAAUACAAUGAGACCAUUUUUACUUUUUAAAAGACAAAUAUAUAUAUAUAUACAUACAUAUAUAUAUAUUUACACAUGUAUACACAUAUGGUCAUAAAUGAUAGUAUAAUAGUGAAACCUUAUGGAGAGUUAAAGAGGUAGAAACCUGCUCUGGUUUCUAGAUUUCUGGUGGAAGGGGUGAUCUUAAUUGAGGGAGUAAGAGAGAGAGCCUGACAGGAUGCCCAGUUUGAGUCAUAAGAAAAAGGAAGGAAAACUGAAGCAACUAGUUUAAAACCUUAGAAUUCUUAUUUCUCAUAACACUUAAGGUGAAGUUGAGGCAAAAUGCCAUAAUCCAGCUUUGCGCAAGUCAAUCUGUCGGAAAACCUUUGAGGUUUAGAGAUAAAUCUUACCAAUCUCCGGCCUACCUUAGUGACUUUUUGGAUACCUCACAGCCUGUGAAAGGAUCAGCUGGAAUGAUUGUGGUCAGAGCUGUAGUGAUGGGGACAAAACAACCCAGUGAAAACUCCACAAAGGAAAAAGUAGUGCCUCCAAGGCGGUGCCUGAAUCCCCAGGCUGCCAACACGUCCCCCAGGGCUAAUAACAGGCAAACUCUGAGCGAGGGAACUGCUCUUGGCCGGGUGGGCAUGAAACCAGCUUUGCUUCUGAUUCAGUUCCGUUUAGAGAGUUUGGAUUGCUAGUUUGUAAUUUAAAAAAAAAAACACACCACACGAAACACUGGUUAUGGUUUUAAUGAACCAUUUUGCAGGGAAGGGGAAGAAAUGAGUUGUGUUUGUUUUAGGGGGGAGGGAACUUUCAUAGGGAAACCUUGAGAGCACGAUGCAGAUGAAUGGAUGCUGCGGAAUGCUGAGGUUAAUAAUGAGGUGGGAACCAUCCUGUGGAAGUGGUAUUGAAGGGUGGCCUUAAAGCAUUAAGGAGAGCUGAACCAAGACUAAUUUUCUGGCUUUAAGAAAAACAGUUCCAUCUUCCAAACAUAUCAGCUAGACUGUAGGCCUUAUACAUACAAUCUUGACAACAAGAAUGUGAGGACUUCCCCUCGGGCAAUCAGUUGUGUCUAUUUUUUGGCAUAGAUGAUCUAACAAGUAUUUUACAAAUGUUGAUUGGACAUCAGCUUUGUUAUGACACUUUUACAAAGAAAGAAAAUACAUAUUGCCUCCAUCCUAAAGGUUUUUUUGGUUCCAGUUGGGAACCAAACCUAUAUACAUAAAAAGGGAAUUUGCAUAGUCAGGGCAAUGUAAGUUUGGUGUCAAAUGUACAGUGCAGACAGCAAAAGGGAACAGAACUGAGCAACCAUCACUGAGAACGUUCCGUGGAGGAAGGGAACAAGUUAAGGACCCUUGAGGAGCUCACAGUCUAGUUAUCAGGUUAAGUAACAGUUGAACACAAUAAUAAAAGAAAUGGUACUUGGCACAACACAAUGCAGCCAUCACACUUUUUUAAGGUAUUCAGAAAAAGAAAGCCAUUGCACAAUAACAUGAGGCCAGAGUGGAAAGGGAAGGCCUUUUAAAAUAAAAAUCCCAGUAAGACCUUGCCUCUGGGUCAACUAUUCCUUAGGGAGAAACUUGCUUUAAACAAUCCUGAUGUGACUUACGCCUUUAAACCUGAACUGGUCACCUAGACACUUGGCGUUUGUACAUUCCUCAGAGAAACACUGACAGUAUUCCAGUUCUCACCCCCGCCCGCCCACUGUGGGGGCUCAGCCUCGGGGUCCUCCCUGCACCUGGAGUGUGUGUAGCCGUUUCACUUCUGGAGGGGCCUGCUGGCCUCCCAGGGUUCACCUCAGGGUGUGCACAUUAACUCCUGAGAGGACCUGAGACACACAUACCAAACGAAGCAAAGGGGCAAGCAGGAAGGAAAGCUCUUUUUGGUUUUUUAUUUGUUGGUAUAUAUAAAUAAAGAGAACACCUAUCCCACCGCUGGUAGAAGUUUAGCUUUGGUUGAUAAUAGGGAUUCUGAUGCGUUUUAAUAAUUUUGGUUUUCCCUGGAUUUAAAUAGCAUCUAAAGAUCAAUAUAUUGACAUUUUAGGCAGGUGUGCUAUAUUUUUAUUUCUCAUUCUCUAGAAGACUACAUUAUCAUAGAUAAGAUGUCGGAAUCCAUUGUAGGUCUUUAAGAAAAAAAAUCCAUGCUCUAUGAAUUGAAUUGAAUAUUCCUGCCACUUUAUAGAUUGUGUCAUUCCUACUACCUGAACUACUGUGUUCAAAGUUUUAAAGUAUUUUUAAGACCACGUACUUAGAACACUUCUCUAUAUCAUCCUAUCUUAUACAUAUAAUCCUAAUAAGACAUUGUUUGCUUCAAUCGUCUAUUUCCUUUUCCUGCCAAGUUUUAAUCUGUGCUAUUAAUUUAAUUAAUCACACCCUCUAGUCAUGCGUAAUGAAAAGGGAGAUUAAUAUUUGUUACUGCAUUUGUGCCAGGUACUGUACUAAACCCUGAUAGGUAACACUAAUUGUUCAUGCCUCACAACUCUGGGAUCUAAGUAUUGUUAUAAAGACACUAAAGAAAAGAGAAUAAAAUUACUUUCCUAAGAUUGCAUAGGUGGUAAUAACAGAAUCAAGAUGUAAACUCAUGUCUUCAGGUGCCAUCAUCAGUGGUACUUCCUCACUGGCAGUGGUUCUCAAACUGAGGUCUGGUUAAAAGCAUCAGCAUCGCCUGAGAACUUGCUAGAAAAGCAAAUUUGGGGGCUUAACCGAGACCUAUUGACUCAGAAACAGUAGGGCACCCAGCAAUCUGUAAUAAUACCUCCAGGUGACGGAUUUAGCUGCAGUUUAAGAAUCACUUCUGAAUGCCAAUAAUUGUACCCAUUUUCUCAGGUUAGAAUUACCUGGAGAGCUUAUAAGAAUUCCGAUGACCAGGCUGUAUCUAGGCCAAUUCAAUACAAUCUCUGGGUGUGGAAGUCAGGCACCAUAAAAUAAAGUUUACCAGGUGAUUCUAGUUACAGUGUCAGUAAAAAAAAAAAAAAAGCAACAACAAAAAACCACAAAACAAAAAAUACUCUGGCAUUUAAACCUAGACACCAUUAAAGUUACAUACAGACAUGGCUCCAGCCAAAAAUGAGAAUUUCACUUGGGCCUUUUUAUUUUCUUAAAAUGGAAGCUUAUAUUGCAAUUUUCCCUCUACUUUUAUUAAAAAAUACGUUUUUAUUGAUUUUUAGAGAAAGGAAGGGAGAGAGAAAGAGAAAUAUCAGGGAUGAGAAUCAUUAAUCGACUGCCUCUCCUAGGGAUCGAGGCCACAACCCAUGCAUGUGCCCUGACUAGAAAUCAAACUGGUGACCUCUUGAUUCCUGAGUCAGCGCUCAACUGCUGAGCCACUCUGGCCGGGCCACUUGGGCCUUUUUAGAGCCCAGCUCUCCGUGAGCUUCUGCCCAAAGUAUACAUGUGGAAUAAGAAGUGGAACAUUUUUUGGCUUCUGUUUUGCUAAUGACUGAUCAACCUCCAGCAAAACGUCGUAGUGUUUCAGGUUGUGCAUCUAUUAAAUCAGAACCAAACUGUAGAACACUGGAGCAGAAGGAACCAGAAAGAUUCUAGGAUGUAUUUGUCUCAAAGAUGAGAACAUCAAGGCUCAGGGAUAUGAGCUAACUUAAACCAGAUCACACACACACUUGCUUUGUUGCAUAAGUGCUCUUUCUGUCUCAUCUUUAUGUCUUGAAUGUAUCCACUACAUGAACAUAAACAAAACUCUCUCUCUUUUUUUUUUAAAUCUCAAUCCACUUCUAUCUUCUCUCUGGGUCUUAAAUAAAGACCAAAGGAACUGAUUGACUACACAAGUGUGUUGCAAGCUUCAUGAAUAAUUGGGAGAUGCCACAGAAUAAACUGAGAAAGAUCUAACAUCAAUUAAAUGAGCUCUUCUGAGACUAAUUCCAAUAGUUCUAGAGAAGUAUGUUUUUUGACAUUGGACAUCGUUUUUGUGUAAGUAAGCAAGUUAAGAUAUAAUUUCAUGUGGAGCCAAUAAAGAUUUUAUUCUAGUC